UUCAAACAAAAAUUUUACCAAAUGGGUAUUAUGUAUAAAUUAAUGAAACAUAGAAAUUUAACUAUGGAUUUGAGUAAACCUAAUGUUAAUACAAAUACAAUAAAAAGUGAUCGCAAUCGUUUAAUUACCAUAGAGGGCAAUAUUAUUGAUACAACUGAUGCAACUGAUACAACUUCUAUACAAGCAACUGAAGAAGUUUUAAAUAAUAAUAAAAAUAUGGACUCAACUAUGGAUAAACAGUUUACCGCAGAACAUAUCAUACAGUUGUGUAAAUUUUUGGCGGAAAAAUCAAAACGAAAUGUAAUUUUCAAUCUUUAUCUUAAAAAAAAUCUCUACAAACAACAACAAUCACCCAAAAAACUCACAAAAUCUAAACAAUCACAAUUUCAAUUUCAACAAAUCGAAUACGAUGAUGUUAACGAUGAAGUAGAAGAUUUCUAUCAAAAUGAAGCAUUACCUUUAUUAAGCAAACAAAGGCUAGAGCAACAACAAAGAAAUCAUGAUAAUGAUGAGGAUGAUGAUGAAAAUAGCGAAGACGAUGAAUUUGAACAACAUAAAACAUCAGCAGUUUUAUCGACACGUUUAUCACCUGAUAUAAAUUCAUUAAAUAUUUCAUCAAAUACCACAACAUCAGCAACCUCAUGUGCUUUACAACAUCAGCAACAGCAGCAGCAGAUUUUUAACUACCAACAUCACCACCAUCAACAGCAGCAGCAACAACAACAACAUCAUCAUCAACAACAAAUACCACAAAGUCAGGGAAAACGUGAUAUUUUACUUAAGAUUCGUCGGCAAAUUUUUGAACGCAAACGUUUACGUGAAAAUGGAGCUUUUGAGCCUCAAGCUUUAAACAAUUCACAAGUAUGGAGACCCUGGUAAUUAGCAAA